AUGAAUUACCUAGAAUGGAUUAUUACCAUCAUAAUGAUGAUUGAAUUUCUCUUAGGAAACUGUGUCAAUGUCUUCAUCAUUCUAGAGAACUUCAAGAGAAGAAAGAUCUCCUCAGCGGAUGGAAUUAUAACUGCUCUUGCAAUCUUCAGAAUUGGUUUGUUAUGGGCAAUGUUAAUUAACUGGCAUUCAACUGUGUUUUCUGAAGAAGCAUACAGUACGCAAUUAAGAGCUUUGGGUAUAAUAACCUGGGCUCUAAACAACCAUUUUAGCAAUUGGCUUGGGACCAUGCUCAGCAUAUUUUAUUUGUUCAAGAUAGCCAAUUUUUCCAACAGCCUGUUUCUUUAUAUAAAAAGAAAAAUUGAGAAUGUUCUUUUUGUGAUAUUCUUGGGAUCUUUUCUGUUUUUGUUUGCAUAUUUUGGUGUGGCGAACCAGACUGCUUGGGUUAUUGUUCCUGAACGAAAUGUGACUUCGAAGAGCAAACUGAAUGAUAUCGCCACCAUUGCAAACAUACCCCUCUUCAGCCUGAUAAACAUCACACCAUUUUGUAUAUCACUGACCUGUGUUCUGCUCUUAAUCUACUCCUUAAGCAAACAUCUCAGGAAUAUGAAAAUCCACGGAAAAGGAUGUCAAGAUCCCAGCACGUUGGUCCACAUAAAAGCCUUGCAAACUGUGGUCUCCUUUCUCUUAUUGUAUGCUACGUACUCUGUCUGUGUAAUUAUAUCAGGUUGGAAUUUGUUUAAUCCACUGGUCUUCUUACUGUGCAUGGUAACUGGUUCCUUAUACCCAGCUGGUCAUUCUUGUAUCUUGAUUUGGGCAAACCAAAAGCUGAAACAGGCCCUUCCAUUAUUUCUGAGACAGGUGAGAUGCUGA